UAAAACACAUCUUUGUCCUGGUGACCAAUAGGAUAGCUCAACCAGAAUCCGCUCAUUUACAUAACCUCGUCCCCCUCGCAAGAGAGCCGCUGAAAACUCGCGAAUCGCAGCGCGGCGUAAUCCGAACCUUAAUUUGCGUACAGCCUCUAUAAGUACCGAGUCGCUUCCGGUAACCUCGGUGCCGCUGCUGUGUGUGUGUUCGUGGUGGUCUCUGCAGCUCGUGCUUGCCGUUAUGCCUGAGCCGGCAAAAUCCGCCCCGGCGUCCAAGAAGGGCUCGAAGAAAGCUGUCACCAAAGCCCAGAAGAAGGACGGCAGGAAGCGCAAGCGCAGCCGCAAGGAGAGCUAUUCCAUCUAUGUGUACAAGGUACUGAAGCAAGUGCACCCGGACACCGGCAUCUCGUCCAAGGCCAUGGGCAUCAUGAACUCGUUCGUCAACGACAUCUUCGAGCGCAUCGCGGGCGAAGCGUCGCGCCUGGCGCAUUACAACAAGCGCUCGACCAUCACCUCCCGGGAGAUCCAGACGGCCGUGCGCCUGCUGCUGCCCGGCGAGCUGGCCAAGCACGCCGUGUCCGAGGGCACCAAGGCGGUCACCAAGUACACCAGCUCCAAGUGAGUGCCUGCCGGGAUGCGGCACGCGCACGAGUUGCCGGGCCGCUUGACUUUCCAAAGGCUCUUUUCAGAGCCACCCACCUUCUCAGUGGAAGAAGCUGUCAUGUUGUUUUACACGGGUUUUUUGUGGUCCUUCUUUGCUUUUUGGUUUCCUCACCUAGUGAACGUUAAUAGCAUUCACAGUCGUUAAGUACGAACACAGCCAUUACUUCCAGAUAAGUGACGGAGUAUUCUUACCUAGUUUGGGAGAAGCUGAUGGGGUAUAGAUAGAUGUGCUGAGUUUUGUCAGAACUUUUGAAACUGGCUGUUUCAAUGAUGUUUUUUAUGAACUUAGGUAUGCAAGGUGAAGUUGGAAUAUCAAAGGUGCGACCAUCUGGUGUUCCCAUCCCAAGUGGUAAAACAGUGGUUGUAAUUAAUUUUUUGUACUGUGUGCUCGGUGUUUAUAAAAAAGGAAUAACUCAACUUUCAAUUGGUAGUAACAACUUCCUUGCAUUUGUGUAUCUUGCAUUCACAAGCACCUGAGUACCCAGUUGAUGUGUAGAUUCCCCAAUAGGGAAAUUGGAGCUUGGUCUUGAUACCUAGGAAUUAACCAUUCUUCUGGUAGGUUCUGUCUGCCUCAUCUUAGAUCAAAUCACAUAAAACUUGCCUAAUACUCGGUGAUAGUGUUCUCCCCAGAGAAUUACCUCUUAGAAAAGCUUGCCCAAUUUAAAAGACAUGUCCAUACAAUGGAAAUAAGAUAUGCAUAAUUUCCAAAGCAGGAAAAUAUUUGAAAUGUUCGAGGAGCAAAAAGCCCCAAUAUAGCUGGGAAUGCAGAGGAGACUGGCUUCAGAGGUUAGUGUCAGUGCUUUGGGAACCCUUGGAUUGCUUUCUGUAGGGACAUGAAUAACAGGACCUCAUUAACCUUAAAGUAGAUCCCUCUGGUUGCUACGGUGAAUCAAAGAUCCUAGACUGUCCAUAGUAGAAGCAAGGGAACCAAUUAGGAGGGCUAUUACAGUGUUGCAGGCUAGAGCAGUGACUCAAUUAAAGUCUCUUUUCCAGACCAGCAGUAUUAGAAUUACCUGAGAAUUUAUUAAAGGUGGAAUCUUCAGACCCUAAUAAUUUGUGUUAACGAGCCCUCUGGGUGAUUCUGAUGCAUGCUAAAGUGUGAGAACCACUGGGUAGUCUAGACAUGCCGGAUUGGAGAACAGUAAUAAUAAUGGAGAUGGUGAGAAAUGUUGCGAUUAGGAUUAUAUUUUGGAGGUAGUACUGUGGAUAGGAGCAAAACCCCUAGGUUUUUAGCCUGAGCAACUGCGUAAACAGUGGUGCUGUUGAUUAGGAUUGAAUACUGGGAGGAGGGAUAGGUUGGGGCAUUGAAGGGAGAUCCAGAAUUCUGAUUUAAGAUUGAGAACCUUCAAUAUAUGGAGUUGACAUUCAACAUUCAACUCGAUAAAUGGAGUUGGCAGUGUGAGAGAUGCAUCUAGGGCUCAGCAAAGAUAACAUGAACCUGCUUUUUAAAAAAGUGCACAACCUAAAAAUUGAGAAGUAUGUUUUAUUCGGUGGACUUAGCUGAGGACUUAAGCCUGGGAUACAGCCUCUCAGAUCCAAGGGACUGUUCCAAAGAGGUAAGGGAGGAGCCAGGAUAUAGAGGAGUUUUUGAUGAAAAAAAUAACCAAACAUGUAGUCGAACAUCAAAAGAUUACUGGUAAUCACAAAAACAGACAUCUCAAGUUAAUGAUUUUAGUGCUUUCCUAGGUAUGGGAAGAUACAAGAGUUUGGCCUUAUUGAAACCAUUUCUUUGAUAUGCACCUUAACUAUGUAGGGCCAUUAUCUUGUUUUUCUCCAUCCUGAAUCUCCUCAGGGUGCACCGUCAGGGGCCGCUGCAGUGGCUGAGGGCUUUUUGGCCACAACAUCUUUUGCUUACUGAAAUGGCAGGAGACAUUCUUUGUCCACACUGUAA